CUUCGGCUGAGGGUGAGCGCGUCUUCAGCCCUGUGUUGUAUCGCACAUGUUGAUAUCGAUGCCAUAGAAAUAUAUACAGAGCGAAAACGAAAGUUCCAACAGAAUUCUAAAGAUGGCUGCGCACUUGUUUCUCUGACUGAUCUGACGCAGCAGUUACUGAAUGAUAGAAACGAUGAGAGAUUAAACGCCAGAUGCACUGACAUACCAAGGAGAGAGAAGAGGAGUGCACUGCCUCUAAAAUGAGCCGCUGUGAGGAGAGAGAGGAGGAAGAGGCUGUUCAGACCCAGACAGCAGCAUCUCCAGACUCUAGCUGUGUGUCUAUGAAGAGUGACGGCUCCAUGGCCAAACCUCCUGGCUUUAGUGAUGGAGCGGGAACCUCUGAUUCGAGCUCCACUGCAGCUGCCGAUGCGCUCUGUGCUGCCUGCGGUGUGAGGAAGCCCAGAGCUGUGAAGUCCUGUCUGAUCUGCGCUGCGUUCUACUCCGAGACCCACAUCAGGCAGCGCUACGCAGAACCAGCCCUGCACACACUGGUGGAGGAGACUGGAGCUCUGGAGAAGGAUUCACACCAACUAGUGGAUGAUGUCUUGCAGAGAGUCAAAGAGAAACACAAAACCAGCAUGAAAGGGAAGUAUGAGAGCUUAUCUGAAGGAAUCAAGCUACAAGAGAACCAAACCCUCCUGAACAGCAUCUACACACAGCUCUACAUCAUCGAGGGAGAACGAGAAGGAGUGAAUGAAGAACAUGAGGUUUUACAGAUGGAGAAAACACCCAGAACACAACACUCACAAGACACUCCAAUCAACUGCAAUGACAUUUUUGAUCCCUUACCUGAACCAGGCUAUGAGAAGAAUAACAGAAUGAGGAAAGACAAAAUCAAGACUGUUCUUACUAAAGGCAUCGCUGGAAUCGGAAAAACCGUCUCUGUGCAGAAGUUCAUUCUGGACUGGGCCGAGGGAAAAUCCAAUCAGGAUGUAGAUUUCAUGUUUGUGCUCACAUUUCGAGAGCUGAACUUGAUUCGAGAUCAUCAGUACAGUCUUCACAGACUUCUGCUGGACUUUCAACCUGGACUUCAAGAUCUGGACCCAAAGGUAUAUGAUCUAUAUAAAGUUGUGUUCGUUUUUGACGGUCUGGAUGAAAGCAAAAUUAAACUUGAGUUUUCAGAUGCUCAGAAAGUGUCUGAUGUGACUGAGACUUCAUCAUUGGGUGUGUUGAUGUCAAAGCUCAUCAAAGGGGAUCUGCUUCCAUCUGCUCUCAUCUGGAUCACCUCCAGACCAGCAGCAGCCAGUCAGAUCCCCUCCAAAUACAUCAACCGUCUGACAGAAAUUCAGGGAUUCAGUGACCCUCAAAAGGAGGAGUAUUUCAGGAAGAGAAUCAGUGACCAGCAUCAAGCCAGCAGAGUCAUCUCACACAUUAAAGCAGCAAGAAGCCUCCACAUCAUGUGCUACAUCCCAGUCUUCUGUUGGAUCUCAGCCACUGUGCUUCAGAGCAUCAUGAAACAAGAUCACUGUGCGGAAGUCCCCAAAACUCUGACUGAAAUGUACAUACACUUCUUGAUUAUUCAGACAAAUGUAAGAAAUCAGAAGUAUGAUGAGAAAGACGAGAGAGAUCCACGGAAGCUCCUGCAGUCAAACAGGGGAGUGAUUGUGAAGCUUUCCGAACUGGCUUUCAAACAACUGAUGCGUGGAAAUAUCAUGUUCUAUGAUGAGGACCUGAGAGAGUGUGGCAUAGACGUCACUGAGGCCUCGGUGUAUUCUGGGAUUUGCACUGAGAUCUUUAAGGAAGAAUAUGUGAUUUAUCGGAGGAAAGUCUACUGCUUCAUACACCUGAGCUUUCAGGAGUUUCUUGCAGCCUUUUAUGUCUUUUACUCCUAUGUAAGUACCACUUCUGAUGCCUUGAAAGUUUUUGAUUUACUUCAUAAUUUGCAUAAAGGAGUACUGGAUAAAGCUCUAAAGAAUGAGAAUGGACGCAUGGAUCUUUUCGUCCGGUUCCUGCUGGGCAUCUCACUGGAGUCCAAUCAGAGACUGUUACAGGGGCUACUGACACACACGGAGGACAGCUCGGAGAGCAUCAAGGAAACCAUAAAGUACAUCAAGGACAAAAUCAAAGAAUGGAAAAACACUCUUUCAGCUGAAAGAUCCAUCAAUCUGUUCCUCUGUCUGCUUGAAAUGAACGAUCAGACUCUGCAAAGAGAGAUUCUGGAGUUUCUGAAAUCAGACGAACACUCAGAAAAAGAACUGUCUGCUGCGCACUGCUCAGCCAUAGCCUACAUACUUCAGAUAUCAGAGGAGGCACUGGAUGAGCUGGACCUUAAGGAAUACAACACAUCAGAGGAAGGUAGAAGGAGACUGAUACCAGCUGUGAGAAACUGCAGAAAAUCUGUUCUUGCAGACUGCAAUAUCACUGAUCAGUGCUGUGAAACUGUGGCGUCAGCUCUACAAUUAUCAGACUCUCCCCUGAGAGAGCUGGACCUGAGUAACAAUGACCUGCGGGAUUCAGGAGUGAAGCUGCUCUCUACUGGACUAAUGAGCCCAAACUGUCAACUGCAGAUACUGAGAUUGUCUGGCUGUAUGGUGACACAGGAGGGCUGUUCUCAUCUGGCCUCAGCUCUGAGUUCAAACUCCUCACAUCUGAGAGAGCUGGAUCUGAGCUACAAUGACCCAGGAGAUUCAGGAGUGAAGCUGCUCUCUGAGAGACGGAGCCAUCCAAACUGCAAACUAGAGAUACUCAAUUUGGACCAUGGAGGAUAUUUCAGAAUCACACCAGGACUACACAAAUACACCUGUAAUCUCACACUGGACAUAAACACAGCAAACAACCAUCUCUCUCUGUCUGAGGGGGAAAAAAAGGCGACACGAGUGGAAGAGGAGCUGCCUUAUUCUGAUCACCCAGAGAGAUUUGACUGCUUUGAACAAGUUUUGUGCAGAGAGAGUCUAUCUGAACGCCAUUACUGGGAGGCUGAGUGGAGUGCGAGGGGAGCUGGAUUGUCAGUGAUGUAUAAGGGAAUCCAAAGAACGGGAAGCGACUGUAGGUUUGGCCUCAAUGAAAUGUCCUGGAGUCUGGUCUGCUUUGAUAACAAAUACUCUGCCUGGCACAGCAAUAAGAGAACCAACUUGCUUGCCCCUUCUUCCUCCUCUAAUAGAGUAGGAGUGUAUCUGGACUGGCCAGCCGGCAAGCUGUCCUUCUACAGUGUGUCUGACACACACACACUUACUCACUUACACACAUACCACGCCACAUUUACCGAGCCCCUCUAUGCUGGAAUUAGGCUUUAUCCAGAUUCUUCAGUUUCACUGUGUUAGAAUGAAGAGCUUCGUAAUAUAAAUAUUAUUUAUAUAACCCUACUUACGUUUUGCACAUUACUAGUGUGAGUGAAGAUUUCAUUGGUGUAUGUUAUUCUAAAGCAAAAAAUAAAAUCUUAAAAUUGAAUACAGAUCAUGGAGUUAUCCAUACAAUAAUCUGAACUGUGCACUCGGCGGGCACUUUGAGAAAAAUCUCAAUUUAAUUCAGAAAAAUACACCAUUCACUCCAUAGCUCAUAAUUUUUGAAUGGACAAAUAAUGUGAAAAGUGUAAAAUGUGACAGCUCUGAGAAUUUAUUGUGAUAUUUUGUGAUAAAAAUGGUCGGUUAUUUUCAUGAUAUGAUUGAACCACAUGCAUUAUUAUUGCAAAUGGACAAAAGGAGAACAUU